AUGUCACGGCCGCCCUCCUCAUCCUCCUCGUCGUCGUCAUUCUCCUCCAUCGCCCCCGCACCCUCCCCAGCGGUAUCCGCUUCCGCCCUGGCCAGGGUACACGGCCACGACCACAACCGGCCCCUCCCGCCCCCCAGACUGCCCGAACCGGCGACGGGCCCCGCGGGUCAUCCGUCCCUCCACCAGGCGCCCCUAACCGCGCCUCUCACUCCGCUCUCUUCCUCCUCGCCGCCCUCCUCGCUCACCGCGAUCGGGACGUUGAGGACGAGUUCACGGGCACCCGCGCCUGCGCCCGCGCCGAUUCACGACACGGUCAGGAUACUCCCGGCAUCCGAUCAGGAUCUGAACCUGCAGAACAGGAACGCGACGCCGACGCCGACGUCGAGGAGUCCGACGGUGCAGCAGGCUGUGAGCGAGGUUACGCUGACGGUGCCGAGACCGGACGGGGAAAGGGCGGUGAACGAGUACGUCGAGACGCCGUUCAGGCCUACGAGCAACAUCGUAAGCAAUCAAAAGUCAUGCCUGAAAUCGGAGGGGAGGACGAAGCGUCACCUCCAUCAUCACCUGCAUCAUCAUCAUCAUCAUCAUCUCCACCAUCAUCAUCAGCAUCAAGGACUGCACGGUCGGAACGCGGCGACGAUACCGGUUACCCCGCCGACGUCGUCGUCGCCUGUCAAGAAGAAUUCAUCAUCCGCGGCCGUAACGAAGCAACCGGUAUCGUUUACCAAGGAACCGACGAACCCACCCGGCGCCUUGGCACAACAGAUACAACUUCAGCAGCAACAGCAAACGCAACAACAAAGGUCGACGUUGUUCCCGGGUGGCAUAGGCUUCGGGGCUGGAGGUGGAGGUGGAGGUGGCCUAGGAGGCGGAGGCGGAGGCGGUGGAAGCGGGGGUGGAAACGGAGGCGUUAUUAUACCCCUGGACGAGGGACUCUCGAUAAUGUGCGAAUACUGCGGCAGGUGUCGUUGCGAAUCGUGCAGGGAACCACCGCCGUUGCCGAGCCGUUGGCUCUGCGACAACGCGUGUUUUUGCUCGGCCGAAACGGCGCUGGACUACGCCUCGUGUCUGUGCUGCGUUAAGGGUUUGUUUUAUCACUGCGGGGACGCCGGUAGCGGUGUCGAAAACGAGGGCGAGGGCGCCGGAAGCUGCGCCGACGAACCCUGCUCGUGCAACGGAUCGAGCCGUUUGGCGCGAUGGACUUGCCUCGGUGCCUUGGCCCUCGCUUUACCUUGUCUAUUGUGCUACUGGCCGUUGAAGGGUUGCGUCGCACUAUGCGAGGCUUGUUACGCCCGUCACGCCUCACACGGAUGCAGAUGCGAUCCCUCCGCCGCUGCUGUCGCUGCCGCUACCGCAGCCGCGAACGCGGCCGCUGCCGCGAGGCAUUUGGCACCUUCGAAUUUAAGGGACUCGAGGGAUCCCGAAAAGAGAUUACUCGAUCCCGUCACACCCGAGCUAUGAAACACCGCGACGAGUGGAUUUUCAUA